GACUGAGCUCAGUCACCAAUGCAGAAUUGCUGCUGCUCCAGACCGCUCACCUGCCAGCUUUGCUAAAGACAAGCUUGAGAUUCAAAUUCGGGGCCAAUCAGAACGUGCGUCCGACCAUCACACGCCCAUCACACGGCACAGGAGCUUUGGAGGGAGCGUCCAACGGCCUCUUCUCAGAUUCAAUUACAAACUUUUGCGAGAGCUUCCAGUCCCCCACUUUCACAAGCUUCUGCUAAAGUUUCGGAGCUGCAGACACAGUCGCAGCAUUCUUCUCCCCUUCACCACAACAUUCCUCAGAGCGUCUAACAUCGUCACAGCUAGCAGGGCGUCAGAGUACGUCAGAUCUCCUCCCCAUUCCGACAUUCUCUCAGCAAAAACACAGACCCGCCUUCCUCUCAGUUUGACAAAGUCUUCUUAGCGAGAUCAGAGAAGCAGCGCCAGCAGACCAGAGAAGCCUUGCUCAAGAGUAGUGCAGCUCAGAAAGACCCGAGCUGGACAGCUUUCCAAUCCCCUCUCUGCUUCCCAAGUAGAAAUCUCUAAACCUCCAAAGGCUACUAUACCCUUUCUUCACUCUUCUCAAAGGACAAUUUCCCCACCGGAAGACUCAGGUAGUACGCAAAGCUGCGGGGCUGUUGCAAUAGCUUCAGGUGAAGCUCCUGACGUCAGGAAUGAUGACGGGGGCUGUGCCGCUGAAAGGGGGCGGAAGGCAUCGCUCUGUUCUGUCGGUGACAGUCGUGACCUUUUUCCUGUGUGCGAUAGUGGGCCUGCCUACUGCGUAUGUGCUGCUGUCGACGUCCAUCGGAACGACGCCCGAGCUCGAGGCGCUGUCGAGAAAGGCCGAGGCGUUCUCUCAUGGCCGGUCUCUGCUGCAAGCCGACGGAGGCUCUCCGACUGGAGAUCCGGAGUUGACCGUAACGCCUAUCACCGGAACGCCUCGCCAGGUUCAGUCUGGCCCCUCAAAUUGCGCCUCGCCCGCAACCGCCUGCUACAACGCCAACGGUUCCCUCUUCGUCUGCUGCCCUGGGGGCUGCCCCGCUCCCCCCCGCGACACUCCAUUCUGCUCGGGGGAUCCCCCGGCGACCACUCGCGCCCCGGCUUGCGGAGCCGGGUCGCCUAACCCGUGCUACGCCGCUGACGGUUUGUCGUUCGUCUGCUGCGCCGGGCUCUGCGGCAGCCCGCCGGGCGGCGCCGCGUGGUGCGCCGGGCCCUCGGCGCCGACCGGUACAUACCCACCGACCGGUACAGACUCUCUGGCCGGUACGACGACCCCGGUGGUGAACCCCCCGACCACACCCCCUAGCACCGCGACCCCUGCUCCGGUUACCCUAACGACUGUUCCGACCACUUCUCCGACUGCCCCGACCACUCCCACGUCUGCCCCGACCACUUCUCCGACUGCCUCGACCGCGCUACCCAAUCCCCCGACCACUCCCACAACUGCCCCGACCACUCCACCCGCUCUCCCGACCGGUACAGUACCUACUCCGACAACCAGCGCGCUUGACUCGACCACAUCCAACGCGCCUUCUCCGACUCCCCCGGUCACUCCGACGCCGACUCCGACACCUGUCGGCGCUAUUCCGCAGGUGGUGGUGUCUACUCCCAAUGCCAAUGCGACCGGUGGACCGAUUGGAGCGGUCAGGUCCUACGCCCCGAUUACCAUCGUGCCCGCCCGUCCCUCAUCGCCGGCUAUGUGCCUCGACUCCUCUGACAACCCAAUUGGACCCGGCAACGUCAUCCCCAACCCGGGCUUCGCAAACGGGCUCCCAACCGGUUGGACGUUCUUCGGACCGGCGACCCUUUCCGUCUCCUCCGACUCUAGUUACGUCGCCGCAACUGAACGCCAGAUGACGUACGCCGGCCCCGCCUGGGAGAUCGCCCCGGGCGCUCUCGCCGCUGACGUCACUUUCACCGGGCAGGCCUGGGUGCAGCUCUCCUCGGGAGAUGCUGACGUGGCGCUAACCCUGCUGGUUAUCAAGGACGGCGAACAUAACUUCUUCCGAGUGGGAAGCGUCACCGGAACGUCUGGCUGCUGGGAGCAGAUCUCGGGGUCGAUUACAAUCCCGGGGGGCGCCGACCAGCUGAUCUUGUACGUGGAGGGACCCCCCCCCGGGACGGACCUCUACGUGCGGAGUGCGGCACUAUUUCCGGCCGUGACCGGGGGACCGGAACCGGGGCCCGCCAGCGCACCGGGGCUGAUGUGCAUCGGUUCCAGCCGUGACGCCAUCGCCGGUACGAACCUGGUCGACAACUCGCGCGCGCAGAUCGGUUGGACCUGCGCCGGGUGCACCUUCAACUUUUCCUCCGACCACUCCUACACGGUCGCGACUGCACGGGGGACCACGUAUUCCGGUCCCACCUGGAACCUGAACGGAAAGCUUUCCGCCGGACUCGCGAACUCGCUGUCCGUCUGGGUGCAGCUGGGCCCCCAGGUGACGUCAGCGAAGGUGAAGCUGACGGCGAAGAAGUCGCGCUCGUCGGAGGUGGAGUAUAUCCCGGUGGACGAGACGAUCGCGUAUGCGGGAUGCUGGACGCAGCUCUCGGGGACGUAUACGCUGGCGGGGCCGAGCGACCAGGUGGCCAUUUACGCUGAGGGCCCCGACCCGGGCGUGGAGCUGUGGGUCGCCGACCCGGCGGUCUUCCUCCCGGGCGCUUAUGCCGCACCGGUGCCCAAAGUGCCCCAGACUAACGUGUGCCCCGGUUCGCGGAACGACCCGAUCACCGGGAACAACCUCGUCUACAGCCCCGGGUUUUACGGCGGCGCUCUGGGGGGGUGGUCGUGCUUCGGCUGCGAACUGGUGGUCAACCCCCUGUCGCAGAAUUACAUCACUGCGACCGGUAGAACGGACACGUGGAACGGGCCCGCCUGGGUUCUUACCGGUAACAUCGGGCAAGGUUCUACGUACGCUCUCCAAGUCAUUCUGCGCGUAUCCACCGGUUCCGCCCCGGUUCAACUCACCAUGCACACCAGUCUCAACGGCCAAGACGACAGUUACUUUCCGGUCGCGACCGGAACAGCGAGCACCGGUUGCUGGACCCAGCUGAACGGAACCUUCACGCUGACGUCAACCGCGGACAUGGUCGUCAUGUACAUCGAGGGGCCGCCAGCUGGCACGAAUGUCGACAUCAUGGUCGCGGCGGUUGUGCUGACGGUGCCGGCCGCGACGAUCCGCCCGACGCCGAGCAACGUGUGCCCCGACUCCCUCAAUGUCCCCCCCCCGGUAAACAGCAUCGUCGAGAACCCCGGGUUUGAGAAUGGGAUCCCCCCCACGUGGCUGCCCUUCGGCACGUGCCAGCUCACGGUCUCACCGGACAAGCAGUACGUCAUCGCGAGCCAGCGCGCGCAGAAUUUUGCCGGGCCGUCAUGGGACGUCACCAAGUACGUCAGGGCGGGCAACUUCUACAGGUUUUCCGCGUGGGUCUCCCUCCCCGCCGGCGCCUCCACCACGCGCGUCCUCUACGGCGUCGCCGUUACCAAAAAUGGCGCGACGACUUUCAGCUGCGCCGGGCAGCGCUCAAUCGCCGGGGGGUGCUGGAGCCAGCUCAACGGCGGCUAUAACCAGUACACCGACAACCCGGAUAAGGUGGUUAUUUACAUGCAGGGCCCCGAGCCUGGGGUAGAUAUCCUGGUGCAGAGUGUGAAUGUGGAGCCCAUCACCCGGGACGCGUGGCUGCACGACGUGACGAUCCGGGCGGAUCGGAUCCGCAAGACGAACGUCAUCGUGAACGUCCAAGACGAGAACGGGCAGCCAAUCCCGAACGCCCAGAUUAAGAUCGACCAGACCAGGCAAGGGUUCCCGCUCGGCAUCGCGAUCAAUUACCAGCUGCCGGAAAAUGUGGCGUACCAGAACUUCGUGAAGACGCGUUUCAACUGGGUCGUCUUCGAGAACGAGGCCAAGUGGUACUACAACGAGCCGCAGCAGGGGGAGUACAAUUACGCAGCGCCGGACGCGAUGGUCGCGUGGGCGAACGCGAACAACAUCCUGAUGCGCGGCCACUGCGGCUUUUGGGAGGACACGCGGACGGUGCAGCCCUGGGUGCGCGCGCUCGACAACGGCGCGCUGAGGGCCGCCAUGGAGAUUCGCCUCAACCAGGUGGCGGACCGCUACCGCGGGCAGUUCAAGCACUGGGAUGUGAACAACGAGGCGCUGCACAACACCUACUUCUCCGGACGUCUCGGACCGUCCAUUCAGAACUGGAUGUACGCAACGACGCAGAAAUUGGACCCUUCCGCGGAGAUGUUCAUCAACGAGUACAACGUCCUGGAGGAGUGCGACCCGGCCGCGAACCCGGAGACCUUCAUCGGCGAGGCGCAGAAUCUCGAGGCUCAGGGCUUCCAGAUCUCCUUCGGCUGCCAGAGCCACUUCGGAAACCCGGUGCAGGCAUUCAAGCUCCGCGCGGACCUGGACAAGCUGGCCUCCUUCGGACGUCCGAUCUGGAUCACGGAGAUGGACUCGUCCGAAGUCGACGAGAACAAGAAGGCCGACAUGCUCGAGUUUGCUUUCCGCGAGUAUUUCGCGCACCCGGGAGUGGAGGGCAUCCUGCUGUGGACCGUUUGGCAGGGGCCCAACGCGCAGUGCCAAGUGUGCACUGUGAACGGGGACUUCUCCAACAAGCCCAGCGGCGCGCGCAUCGACCAACUGCUGCUCGACGAGUGGCGCACAACCGGUGUCGUGGGCCAAACCGACAGUUCCGGCGAGCCGUUCAUUUUCCGCGGAUUCUACGGGGACUACACGGCGGAAGUCACGGUCGACGGAACCACCUACCCGGUCGAGUUCACGGUCCUCAAAGAGGAGAACGGGAACAAGGUCGACCUCACCGUUCCGGUGUCCGGCUCGUCCGGCGGCCGGCGGAAGCUCCUCUCCGCGGGAUCCGCCCAGCGGAAUUUACGCCGGAGCGCACUCACCAGCCCGGAACGGAAGCUGCCCUCCAGCUACCUGACGGCACUGGUCCCCGGGGACGAGCUGCGCAACUGGGAAGAGCCCUCGGUUAGGACACCGUAUAGAUACUCGGUUAGAGACGAUGAAGACCCGAAGUGGGGUGAUCCCCCGGCCAGGCCCGCCCGGUCGAUUCUCUCCCGGCAGGAGCUCGACGCCGCUGUUGCAGCGCACGAACCCCGCGACGGGUACGCACCGUUUGAGGUCGGUACCGCUCAGCGCCUUGCCACCGCGCGCGCGAACCACCGCACUCUCCUGGAGAGCCAGGCAGACGAGCUACAGGCGCGCCACGUGUCAGUCUCCGGCGGCGUCUCCCGCCAGGACUACGACGCUGCGUCGUUCAAGAACCGGGAGCUGCUGCAGGUUACGGAUGACCCGGUUAGCGACUCGGUCAGCGACCCCUGCUCGGACUCAACCGAGCAGCUAUUGGGUCUCGGGGUCGCUUCAACCGAGCAGGGUUUCCGGGGGUUGCUCGAGGUUAAGGAGGACCCGGUUAGCGACCCCGAAUUGGAGGAAACCGUUGGCGGGAACAGCGGCGGAAGGUCGCUCCUCAAAAUGGGACCCAUGCACGCGUACCUGGGUUUGGGCAAAGGUUUCGAUUACGUUCGGUUGGAGUUGGAGGGCAACUCCAAGUUCCCGACGCGGCCAAAAGACAGCGUCAACGCGCCGGAGCGCGGUGUGAACGGGCCCCAGAGGCGGCUGCUGGAAGUGGAGGAGGCGGAGGCGGAGAAGUCCGAGUACCUCGAUACCCUGAUGUUCUACGAAGGCGACGUGGCACGUAAUGAGACAGAGGCCCUGGUCGCCUUCUUGCGUGCCGAAAAGAUUGCGGUUCGAACUGCCCGUGGCCGCAGCCGGCGCUGAAGGUCGACUGGUUUAGAUUCACAAGCAGAACGGUCGGAGCAGAGAAUCGGUGCCUGUCAAAGCCGUGACGGGCUGUGCAUAGAGACCGGUUCUAGAGUCUAGCUUGCUUGCGGCAACGUGUAGAAAGUGCUGACUGCCGAGUUUGAAGAGGAGUGCUUAGGUGGUGGAGGAUCAGUCAGAUUUUACGAUUUCGGAAUACGUGUGCGACAUCCACAGCGCCAUAGGAGAUGCCGUGGGCGAGGGAUCAUAGGCUAUGGAAGCAGCAGGUGUCGUGUCUGCAAAAGGGAGUCCUCGUCUUCAUCUUAUAGACGGUCCAAGUUAAAAGAACCUAGGGUCUUCUGAGGUCGAGAGGGGGAGCUUGAAGUCGAGACUCCUGAGUACUAGAUGUGCCACAUGAGUCCGAGUCGUGAAGAGUCCCCAGCUUUGGUCUUUGUAGUAGCUCGCGUUUGGCUGUCGCUUGACGCCUUAAACUGCCGCGCCACAGCAGAACAGCAGACUUGCUAUCUUCAGCUAAUCACCGUAGAUUUGAGUCAGAAUCGAUUUGGCCGUUUUGCUUGUACACUAGAUAUUUUUACGUACUGCGCCCCACCUUUACGAACACCGUAUUGAUCAGUCUAUUCGUGAUACAAACGCCAUUUAAUUUGAUUGUGCACUUUCUGGUGCAAGAGUUACUAGGCGUGUACCCAGAUCAGGAAUCUCCA